GAAUUAGGUUGCGCGCGGAAGAGGAAUGUCCGUUGCAGGACUAUACACAACUAUAGCUUGGAGGUAUCGUCAGCUAAAGAGAAUUUACAUUUUUGUUUCCAGUUGCAUUUAUUACUGCUUCGUCGUCGAUGUUGACAUGAAUCACAAAUGAAGCGUUAAGUGAAGAUCAUUUGGACUGACGAUGCUGCACGUUAAAAUCAAGACCGAAAAACCAGGUGAAGCGCACGCCGAUACGGCUAGCGCUCGGAGCCGUCUGGAUGCCGUACUACAGGGGCUAGUGGAGAAGAGCGACAGCGAGAGAGAACAGAAUGACGAUGAGACGGGAAAGCCAGCUGCAGAUUCUCUGAGCAAGGAUUUGUCUCCUUCUUCCACUGGAAAGCGGCCGUCGUCACGGUUCCCACAGCACCGGCGGAAGAAGCGCAAGGAGAUGGACGACGGGCUGUCGGAGAGCAGCCAGCACAAACAGAACGCGUACAUCAUCAAGCUGUUCGACCGCAGCGUGGACUUGGCCCAGUUCAGCAGCGGCACGCCUCUGUACCCCAUCUGCCGGGCCUGGAUGCGCAACAACCCCGCCGCCAGGGAGCGGGCCGUCUCCCCCAGCCCCCCUCACAGUGUGGGGGAGGACGAGGUGGCUGACAUGCAGAACGGGAAGGCUCAGAAUUAUUACCGGCUCCCCCUGCCGUCUCCCUGCCCCGUCAGCCCCUCCGGAGACCCCGUCAACCUGCGCAUCCCGCUCACGGACAAGCCCGCCGCCAGCAAGCCUUCUGAACCUGCUCCUGAGUCGUCUACUUUGCUGUACAGCCAUAUGGAACGCUGGAAGAAAAUUAGACAAAAGUGGAAAGAGGCCUCGAACAAGAACCAGCUGCGGUACAGUGAAAGCAUUAAGAUCCUGAAGGAGAUGUAUGAACGCUAGCUCCACCUACUAACCUCUCCAGCCCUAUAGAGGGCAGUAUAGGACAGGAGUGAAGAUGAAAAGGAAAAAACAGUCGGAGGGGUUUUUAGUUUUUAAAGUCUGCACAACUGUCGUCUAAACUCCCUCCCAACCCUAGGUUUGUUCACAAGAUCCUAAUUAAGCCAUGUUUAGUAAAUUACAAGAUUGGUGUAAUAAAGUACCACUGACAUUAUUGUGGGUGUGUAUUUAUUGUGGUAGUAUUUUCUAUUAAGUAAUUCUUUUAAAACUUACAUCUGCAAACAUUCUGGGGUGAGUCUACAAACAUUUUAAACCAGAAAGUUUUGCUCAUUCUGUAACACAUUAUAAAGGUCUUCACAAAGCUCUUGAAAAUAUGAAAAUAUGUUUAUCAUAGAAAGUCUUGAAAAGUCUGGAGAGAGAGUGGUCAAAUAACCUUUACAGACAGCCCUUCUAUUUUCAAAAGUAACUGGAAAGUUGGCUGCUCUGCUGUUUCUUGGCCAGCUACUUUGAGAUGAUGUUAAUUUGCAUUAGAAGAAAAUAAAAUAAAAAUAGGCAUGUAUCGUCA